UUAUCCAGACGUUGCUGAUGUCUAUCGGCCCUCGUUUGCUACACACAUGUCCGCUUCUCGCCUACGCGCGGCACUCGAUGAGGCCCUUGCGCGAUGGCCGGCAGAGUCGGUGACCCGGCCGGCCGAGGGCCACUCGCGGAAGGACGAGCAAUUCCUGUCAUUCGUCUCGGCCAUGCAUGCUCGAGAGCUCCUGCCGUCUCACGCGCUUGUCUCUUUCGUGGACGAGAUCGGCCGGGCCCUUCAGGCGCCAGCGAGUCCAUCAGACUCUGAUUGCGUGGCAGGCAUGAGCAGAGAGCUUGCGCACUGGAUAAGAGAUACAUACACGCUGCAUCUCCUACCGCUGCUCAACCCCGAUGGCCGUGCAAGAGUCGAGGCCACCAGCAACUACUGCUGGCGCGGCAAUGCCCGCGGCGUCGACCUCAACCGCAACUUUCCCUGGGCUUGGGGCGGCGAAGGCGCUUCGCACAAUCCGCGCUCCGAGGAGUACUGUGGCAAGACAGUACUCUCCGAGCCAGAGUCUGCCUUUCUGGCCGGUUACGCAAGCUCGCUCGUCAACCCCCUGCAGAUCUUUCUCUCGCUGCACGCGGGCGUCCACCACAUCUAUCUCCCCUUUGCCGACUCAAUCUCGCGCGCAUCGGGUGCUGCCCCCGAUAAUCACGCUGCUGCCCUCGCUGCCGCCGUCGCUGCCGCAGGCACUGUUGCCUGCGCGCAUGGGGUCCACUUUGACGUCGGCCGCGCCGCAGACCUCUCCGAAUACCCCGCCGACGGCACUAUCUUUGACUUUAUGGCAGGCGCUGCUAACGUCCCCUUCUCGUAUGCCCUCGAGCUGUGGGGCGCGAGCAAUCCCGCUGCUGCGGAGGGGAGUCUCGGCUGCAACCCGAUCUUCAACCCGCAGGAUUUUGAACUCGCUCCUGCGCUUGCCGUUGCGCAUACUUUGAUCUCCGAGCUGCUCGCGAAUGCCGUUCCACCUUCGGUGCCUCCCGCUCCGCACCCGCGCGCAGCGCCGGGCGCCGUACCGCGCGCCACGCUUGCCGCACUCGCAUCCGCCGCUUCGCCCCGUGCCCUCAAAAUCGCGGACCUGCUGCGAAGUACCUGCCAUCUCGCAGCAAGCGAGACGUGCCCCUGA